AUGUUGUCCCUGCCUAAGAUAAUGGAUGAUCCACGUGUGGAAUGGAUAAAACAUGUACUAUAUAAGGCGUUUAAUCUUGUGGACGAUGAUAUAUUUACCGAUUUCCUAGAACGAGAUGAAUAUGGAAACGAACUCGCUCUGGCCAAAUUCCUAAACGAUUCUCCGGAGGAAGGCUAUCAAACUGUGCUAUUUUAUAAAACUUGUUUUGAAGAUGAAGUGGAAGAGAAAACAGUGAACCUCAGGUUCCUAACAUUGCUAGAUCGACAUUUCAAAACGCUCACAUUUGGCACAAGUUUUGCAGUGAUCGGAGACACACUGGAACCGUUGAUGCAAGCUUUGCACAUGAUCUGGGUGUUAUCCCGAUAUUACAAUCAAGAUGAAAAUAUGGUUGCCCUGUUGGAACCGAUUGCCACAGUCAUUGGAACGAAAGUGGCCGAAGUGGUGGAUAUUAGAACUGUGUUUGAUCAGUCUCCCAGUGAAAUAAUCGAACGCAUGGUUGAAGCGAUGAAUUUGUGUGAUCGAUGGAAGUCGGCCUAUUUCACCAAACGGGCCGAGAUUGAAGUCAAAGGACGCGACGCGCGAUGGGAGUUUGACAAGAAGCGAUUGUUUGCACGAACAGACUACAUUCGUUCCAUUUGUGCUGAUGUUCAAGAGGUGGCCGGUGUACUGCAAGCGUUCAAUAACAUAUUUGGACCGGAGUUAAAAUCGGUCACUCGUGAACCGAAACGAAUUGAUGAUGUGAUGCAACGAGUACAAGAACUAUUGCAUCCGUUUAAACAACUGGAUUUUGAACCGCAUUUGGUAGAGAACAAACGAUCGUGGACUGAAUUGAUGGAACAAUUUCGUGAGCAUGUUGCGGGAAUCGAGGCGGAAGCUCGAAAUUUCAUCAAUGAAGCAUUCCAGACACUUCGAUCCGCCGAAAGCGCACUAGAUGUGUGGCUCAAGUUCCGUAACAUUCAAACCCGAGAUUCAAUACACGAGCUUCUGAAUGAGAAAUUCGGUGAUAUCCUAAAACAGUAUGAGAAGGAGGUGUGGGUGAUCAGUAAUUUGUUUGAUGACGGGGCUCGAAUCGUGCCGACCGUUGCAAAGCCACCACGAGCUCGAUACUCCGCUCCCGUGUCCGGUGCGAUCAAAUGGGAACGACAUUUGUUAUCUUGUAUCAAGCGGCCAAUGAUUCGAUUGGUACAAUUGCCCGAGACCACCCAGUGUGAGAAAGGCAAAAGUGUUCGCAAUCUGUACAUAGAGGUUGGAAAACGAAUGAAAGCGUACGAGGAUCAGUUGUAUGCGAACUGGAAGUCAUAUACCACUAAUCUGGUCGAACAGAGCCUCAAUCAGUUCAUACUGAAACCGCACACAGUUGUCGAAGUGGAGCCGAAACCAGUCUCCGGCACCCCAGUGACAAGUCGAAGCAGUGUAGACCAGUCAGUGGUCAGUCACAAAUCCGUUAUCGCCCCACGUAUUGAUCCUGAAAUUUUGGAAUGUGAUUUCUCGGUCAAUUUUCCUCACGAACUCACCAUUGCGGCACAUGAAUCCAAAGAACUGGAAGUACUCGGUUACAAACUGCCCGAGAAUGUGGCCAAUGUUGUCCUGAAAAUCGAUACCUAUUUGGAGCAAGUGGAACAUUUGACCAGAAUCACUCGAACUUAUCACCAACUGGUCUCUUCAAUCACCUCAGUCGAAGCACUGGUUCUCGAAACACACUUGCGACAAGUGCGUCAAACAUUGCAGCCCGGUUGGGAAAUUUUGAAUUGGAAAAGUCUCAGCGUGGCAGACUAUAUCAGUGAGGCGGACGAAAGUUUGAACCAGUUUCAUUCGGUCUAUGCUGCGCUGGAAAAGACCAAAAAUGACAUUGAGGGACGACUGAAAGAGAUUGCCGAAGCCGAUCUGUUCCCCGAACCACCGCCACGUGCACCCCAGUAUCAACCUGUCACAGGAGCAUUGUACACGUGCAAAGAGUAUUUCGCACUCACAUCGGCCGAACGUCAAAAACAGUUUGAAGAUUUGGCAAUGAAGCAUACAUCAAUUAGUCCGUUAUUAAUCAAACUGGAAGGGGUCGUGAUGAAGUCCAGCACCGGUGAGCAUCCGGACAUGGUCGCUUACUACGCAUAUUGGGAGCAGCGUAUAUUCGACCUGCUCUAUCAGAUGAUCGUACGAAAUCUGCAGUUAUAUUUGGCCCGAGUACAACAUCCCGGCAAACCGUUAUUUGCCGUGGAUCUAAUGCUGGCCGGAACAGAUGUGGUAGGGAACCCGCAACCAGCUGAGCUCUACAGACUGGUCAUUCAGGAACUGCGUGAUGCGGUUGAAAUCACACGACUGAUUGUUCGUUGGUGUCGUGGUUCAUGUAAAAUCGCUCCCGGAAUCAAGGUGGACAGUACAGAUGAAUUGUAUCGAUUCACGUUCUACGAAGAGAUUGCUAAAUCGGCCGAAGUGGCUGAUCUGGUGCAGCAAAUUGCUCGAACGUAUGCCACCCAUGUGGACAAGAUGAAGCGUUAUCAAGACAGUUGGCGCAAGCAUAAGAAUAAAUUUUUCCCAAACAAAGAAGCUCAAGUUGAACGAUGGAUUAGCAAAGGAAGAACGGCGAUUGAAAUACACGAGAAAAUUUUGGAAAUGGAAGGAAAACUGGCCGAUUUGUGUGCCAUACCAACGGAACGUUUGGUCGGCUGCAUUCAACUUCGUCUGAGAGAACUGAUUCACAAUGUGAAAGAACACAGUUAUAAAUGGACCAAAGCCUAUGCGAAACAAAUGCAUCUUGUGGGACACGAGUCCUUGUUGAGUCUGCAGGAAGAAUUCAAGCAUCGAUUUGAAGAUCUCGAGGAUGAUCCGAACAGUUUGGAUGAGCUUAAAAUCAUGCUGAAGCUGAUUCGCGAUUUACAUUUCUCCAGUUUGGAUGUUGAAUUCAAAAUUCGGGACAUCCAAGAACGCUAUAGACUACUCCGUUUGCACCAGUAUGCGGUGCCGGACGAUGAACAGCAACUAGCGUCGGAAAUUGAAUCGACCUGGAAUCAAUUAUUGGAAGCAGCUCGGAUUAAGGAAAAUUCGUUGGGCGGUGUAAAACGAAAGUUCACCAAACUGACGCAAGAUGAAAUUCAGAAUUUUGCGGUUCUCGUGGAACGGUUGGCUAAACGAUUCUACGAAGAAGGUCCCGGCACAAAAACACAGGACCUGGAUGCUGGUGCUGCUGAACUUGGCGCCUGUCAAGCGGAAAUAGAGGAAGUGGAGAAACAACGCCAAGAAUUGGCCUCCGCCGAGAAACUGUUCGAUUUGCCCAUAACACCUUAUCCACAACUGCUUCAAAUUGAAACGGAAUUACAUGGUCUGGCUCAGUUGUUCGCUGUCUACAAUGCACAAAAGCAAGCACGUGAAGAAUGGGCGCAAACAUUAUGGCGUGAGUUGAAUAUACAAAACUUGCAAGAGGGAAUUGAACAAUAUCUAAAAUCACUUCGACAAUUACCCAAAGCGGUCCGUAUGCAUCCAAUCGGUCGGGCUAUUUAUGAACAUAUGAAAACAUUCAAAGACUCGUUACCGUUGUUUGUGGACUUGAGACAUGAGGCGUUACGUGAAAGGCAUUGGAGUGAACUGAUGCGCAAGACAGGUCAAUCAUUCGACAUCAAUCCGGAUACAUUCACACUGGCCAGUGUAUUUGCCAUGGAUUUGUACCAGUAUCAGAGUCAGAUCUCGGAGAUUCUGGCCGUGGCCAUCAAAGAGAUGAGUAUCGAAAAGGUAUGCAUAUGUAGUAGUUGUGAUUGCAGUUGA